UCUGCCGUUGAACAAGCCUUUGAAUGCUCCCCUCCAAGUUGCCAGCGCGAAAACCAAACAAGUCCAAAUCCUUGACUCGAGUCAAAUGCCUCCACUGCCAGAUAUCGACGCAUCCCAACCCCCGCCAUCUCCAUUAGCACCAACAGGAACACAGACUAAUUUCUGGAAAGGCGCGGUCGGGAAAAGGUCAUCGUAUGUCUUACAUCAGGCGUCGAUUAUCGAGGCAUUCUCUAUGAAUCUAGAGCCGAGCUUAUGUGUAUAGGCGUUCUCUCAUGUCU